GGAGGAUUCAAUGAGCUUCCGGAGGAGCCAGGCGCAAACUGUGCUAGCGGAGGCCCUCAGCCUUCCCGGCUAGUCCCAAAUGAACGGGGCAGAAGUCAGAGAGGAGGGGACGUUGGCAAAGGUUCGAUUUGAUCCUGCAGAGGAGACCCACCGGAGAAAACGGAAUGGGGAGAGGAGAGUCUUGGCGCCUGCGCAACAGCCAGCCCGGGGCAAGUCGACUGGCACUGAUGAAGCCCCUACUCUGUGCCCUGAGGGCGGGCAGGCGAUCUCGGGGUUUGGGAGACUCCUGGCCGAAGGAGAGGUUUGAGAGGAGUCGGGAGGGACGGGGGCUGCCGGUACAAAUGCCUGGAGUCUGGAGAUGGAGACAGCCAGCCGGGAUUGCAUGGAUGCUGGAGGGAGCCGGGAGCCCCGGAAGGUUAUUGAGUGAGAGGGAGGGCGGGGCCCGCCAGAUCGGAACCCAGAGGAUCCCGUCCGGGGCUCCAGCGCUCCGUCCGUUCGGUACCAGCAGGUGGUGCCAGAGUCCAGCCGGCCGACCGCCGGGCGGGCAGGGAGGCGGGCUGGGGGCAGCCCCGUCCGCCCUCUUCCCUCCUCGCGGGGAGGGGUCUGCCGGGCUCUUAAGUGCGAAGGUCGCCCUGAGGAGCCAGACGCCGGCGGGAGGCAGCAUGAGGACUCUGGGCCACGUCGUGGGGCUGCUCCUCUCCUUCCAGGCAGCCCUGGCCAUGAGCGAGCUCAGGUGGUGCACCGUCUCGGACCCGGAGCAGCAGAAGUGUCUGGCCAUGGCAGAGGCCUUCAAGGAGGCUGGCAUCCGCCCGGCCCUCGGCUGUGUCCAGGAGACCCCGUCUGAGCCCUGCAUCCACCUCAUCGAGGUCAACAAGGCAGACGCCGUGACGCUGGACGGGGGAGCCAUCUACGAGGCCGGGAAGUACCACGGCCUGAAGCCCGUCGUGGGCGAGAUGUACGACCAAGAGGCUGCCACUUCCUACUACGCCGUGGCCGUGGUCCGAAGGGGCUCCUCCCUGACCAUCAACCACCUGCGAGGGGCCAGAUCGUGCCACACCGGCCUCAACCGCACGGCGGGCUGGAACGUGCCCGUCGGCUACCUGGUGGAGAGCGGCCGCCUGGCGGUGAUGGGCUGCGACGUGCUGAGAGCGGUCAGCAGCUACUUCGGGGGCAGCUGCGUCCCGGGAGCUGCGGAGAGCGGCUACGCGGACUCCCUGUGCAGGCUCUGCAGGGGCGACGCCGCCGGGGAGGGCCGCUGUGCCAAGAGCCCCCUGGAGAGGUACUAUGACUACAGCGGGGCCUUCAGAUGCCUGGCAGACGGCGCGGGAGACGUGGCCUUCGUGAAGCACAGCACAGUUCUGGAGAACACAGACGGGAAAACCCUGAGCUCCUGGGGGGAGCCGCUGCUGUCCCAGGACUUCCAGCUGCUGUGCAGGGACGGCAGCCGGGCCCCGGUCACCCAGUGGCGGCACUGCCACCUGGCCCGGGUGCCCGCUCACGCCGUGGUCGUCAGGGCCGACACGGACGGGGACCUGGUCUUCCGCAUGCUGAACGAAGGCCAGGCGAGGUUCAACCACGCGGGAGCCCCCUUCCAGAUGUUUGAGUCGGAGGCCUUCCAGCAGAGGAACCUCCUGUUCAAGGACUCCACCAUCGAGCUGGUGCCCAUCGCCACGAGCACCUACCAGGCCUGGCUCGGGCCCGACUACCUGCAGGCCAUGGCGGGCCUGCUCUGCGACCCCGACCGGCUCCCCAGCCACCUCCGGUGGUGCGUGCUGUCCACGCCGGAGAUCCAGAAGUGCGGGGACAUGGCGGUGGCCUUGAGCCGGAAGCAGCUGAAGCCCGAGAUCCAGUGUGUCUCUGGGGAGUCCCCCCAACACUGCAUGGAGCAGAUUCAGGCCAAGGAGGCUGACGUGAUCACCCUGAGCGGAGGCGACAUCUACACGGCCGGGCAGAAAUACGGCCUCGUGCCAGCCGCGGGGGAGAGCUACCCGGACAACAGCAAGGACGCGUACUACGCGGUGGCGCUGGUGAAGAGGAACAGCUCCUACUCGUUCACCCUCGACGAGCUCCGGGGCAAGCGCUCCUGCCACUCGGGGUACGGCAUGGCGUCGGGCUGGGACAUCCCCGUCGGGGUCCUGGUCCAGAGAGGCUUCAUCCGGCCCAAGGGCUGCGACGUCCUCCGAGCCGUGAGUGAAUUCUUCUCUGCCAGCUGUGUGCCCGUGAACAAUGCCAAAGACUACCCCUCCCGGCUCUGUGAGCUCUGCAUCGGAGAUGACCACGGCCUGAACAAAUGCCACGGGAACAGCCAGGAGCGCUACUAUGGCUACGGUGGGGCCUUCAGGUGCCUAGCUGAGGGUGCUGGAGAUGUGGCCUUUGUCAAGCACUCAACGGUCUUCGAGAACACUGAUGGCCACAACCCCGAGGCCUGGGCAGUCGGCCUGAAGUCCCGGGACUACGAAUUGCUGUGUCCCAAUGGCGCCCGGGCCGAAGUCACGCAGUUCCAGGCCUGCAGCUUGGCCCGGGUGCCGGCUCACGCCGUCAUGGUGCACCCCGACACCAACGUCUUUGCCGUGUAUGGGCUGCUGGACAAAGCCCAGGACUUAUUCGGCAACGACAGCAACAAGAACGGCUUCCGGAUGUUUGACUCGUCCGACUACCGCGGCCAAGACCUGCUCUUCAGGGACUCCACCGAGCGGCUGCUGCCCGUCGGCGGGGAGACGUCCGCCGAGGCCUGGCUGGGCCCCGCCUACGUGGCCUCCCUGGAGGGGCUCCAGUCCGUGCAGUGCUCGGGAGCAGCCGGGCCUCGGGCCCCCGGGCUGCCUGUGUUGCUGCUGCUGCUGCCGCUGUCCCUGGGCUCUGUCCUGGGCGGCCCUGCCCCGGCCCGGCUCCCUUGAGAGGGAAGGAGGCUCAGCGCCCCACUGCCAGGCGACCGGCUCGCCUGGGGCUCUCCCCGGCCACGGAGGACUUGGGCGACGCCCCCCAGGUCAGGGCGGGGAGGCUGACACUGGCCACGGAGAGGGCCUGCUCUGGCCCUGCCCUUCCUUUCUCCUCCCGGCUGCAGCUCUCCUUCUCUCGCCCAGGAACAGGCGGCCUCGCCUCUGAGGCUUCCCUGAGGCCCGCCGACCUCUUCGUCCCUCCCCCCUCCGAGGGCAUUUCACAGAUGGGGAGGGGGCCACGCCUCGCCUCCCCCCCUCCCCCCCAGCGAUGAGAGCCCUUGAGAGGCCAGCAGGCUCUCAGACGGAGGCGGGCCGUGGCUGGUGGCACUCCUGGCCGUCCUCUCUCAUGUGGCUGCGUGGCUCCUUCCUGACCCCUGGGUGCCUCCUUCGGGGUCCCACUUCCAUCUCCUGGGCUGGGCCGAGAGCGAGUCUGCCUGGCUUUGGGUCCCCAGUGCCCGGGGUCCGAGCUGGUCUUAGCCACGGCUCUGGGGUGAUGUGUGUGUCCAGUGUAAAUGGGGUUGGAGUGUGAAUAAAGAUGGUGCUGAUGCACGA